AGGACCCGAAGGACCUCUAAAGUUUUUGCACGGUUUUGAAGUGAAAGCAAUCACGUUAGAACUAGUUUUGGCUCAGAUUACCCUGUAUAAAUUUUAAUUUUGUUACCCAACGAUUAACAUUUUCACUGUCAUUUACCAUAUUUCUCCACAAUGUUUGUGCCAACUGGGGAAACGCCGCCUCCGUUUAAAGGCUACACUUUGAUAUUGCCAGCAGUAUCCGUCGGAAAUGUCGGACAGCUUGCAACAGAUCUCAUCAUAUCGACUCUGCAGUUGGCGAAGGUUGGUCAUUUUCACACCGAUGCACUAAUCCCUAUGGUGGGGAACAACCCUUACGCCACUUCAUCAGAAAACGCCAAGGAAUUAAGCACCAAUGCUGAAGUGUACUGUUCCAAAGAGCUGAAGCUGGCUGUGCUCCAGAUUCGAGCUCCUAUCCUUCAGGCAAAGACCAAAGAGUUCCGCAAGACAAUCGUGUCCUGGAUCAAGUCAAGUGGGUUCAGCAGAACAGUGUUGCUGUCCAGCAGCCAUGCGUAUCAAAGGGACGAUCAACAGAUGCAGGGCACAUCUCUGCGGUUCCUGCUGAGUCCCAAGCUGGAGCAGGAGGCAUCUCAGCGCAUCAAGGAGCUGGAGUGGCGGGAGAUGGAGAAGGUGUCCGCCUUCCCCGGCAUCAGCGACUCAGAGAAGAAGCUCUACAUCCCCGGAGGAGGAAUCACCAGGGCCCUCUACAACGACUGCUGCAAUGAAGACAUCCCCAUGGCCGUGCUAUUGACGUUCUGUUCGGAGGGAGACAACAUCCCUGAUGCCUUCGCCCUGGCCAACUACCUCAACGACUGGCUGCACCUCCUCAGCACUCCUGCUGACAGAUCGCCGCAGUGGAAUGUUCCCGCCUCCUGGAAGCUCUUGUUUGGAAACGGAAUCCCACCUGCCAUAUUCUAGAGCUCAACUGAGAGUUCUAGAAUAAGAGACUUUUCUACAUCAACUGUUUCCUGUACCUGAUGCUUAAAAAGACGCCCAUCAUCCCUCCCCUGUAUGUUCAAAGGCGCACCACUGUGUAAUAUUUUUCGCACUUUCUUUUCAGAAUUCAUGCUGCCCAUUCACAAAUGUUACCUUUUUCACAAAUACUUACAACCACCAUAAAAUUCAAGUAUUACUGUAAUUAUGACUGGGAAAAUUGCUCUCUUCAUACAUGAAAAGGUGGAUCUUCUCCAUGCCCGCCAUUUUGAAUUCCCAGAAAUAGACGCUUAACUGCAAAACGUACUGUUCUUUGGUCAUACUAGUAAAUAUUCGUUUAUUAU